CCGCCUCAGCUUCCGGCUUAUCUCUUGUCUGUCCUCAACAACGGUGCCCCAACACCUAUCGCUAUGCAUCUCAGUCUCGCGCAAGGGUUCUUCAUCAGUCGGUUUUAGUACAGUUGUUCCGUAUCAAGCACGCUCUUCCAGUCUACCGAUCUACCCUGUUGUCUUGCCUCGGCUAACAGUCUGGCUCGUCCCAUACUCUCCCAAUAAACCGUCCCCCCCUUGGCUGGCCUGAAUCGACCUCUGCCAUGUCUUCAUCCCCGUUCUUGAGUCUCCCCCCGGAGCUUCGUCAUAUGAUCUACAAAUACUACUACACUACUGCCGAGGGCUAUUUCCUCCAGCCAAUCUCCCGGAAGCUUGUCGCCGCCGACCGCAAACCAAUUGAUCUCGCCCUGAUAUACACCUGCCGCCUUAUAGCCUACGAGACCAGAAACCUGCCUCUAUUAUACAAUAACAUUACCGUCUCUACAGUCUAUGAUCCCAAAUUGCGUCCUUGGGCUGGCCGCUUCGACUAUCUUCUGUUCGCCCAGUUUCAGAAACAGGUAAGCCUUGUUCUCAUCUUGGGCAACUGGUUUCUCACUGAAGAAAUGUGGGUUCGUAUUGAACAAACGUUUCCGUGGUUUGUGCCCCAACUCAGAGAUGCCCUACACCAACAUCGACACGGAUCACAUCGAAUCGACCUGACAAGAUUUACCGAUUGGGGUUUAUCAAAUUCCUUCAACUAUUCAGCAGCGCCUUUUGUGCGGAAGUCCUACGGAUUAUCCGCGCUUUGUGAGGCCCUCGAAUUCACCCUACGUGCCCUUGCCCAGGGACGAACGGAGAAAUUCGAUACGAUUGUCGAGUAUGAGCUUUUAGAUUGGGAAUAUUACGGUAGCGAUCGUCUCCUUAACUUCCUCGACAAGUGCUUCAAGCCCUGGGACGUACCGCACACCGAUGUCCUUGCAGAAAUGGGACGCAAGUUUGGAGAUGAUCACCUCUGGCCUACUCUCGGAGCCUGGGAGCCCAACAGGUUCCACACACGAGAGCAUCGUACGAAGUUUCGCAUCUCUGCAGCCUCUGCAGCCAUAGGCUGGCUUAACAAGCUUCCCGCCAACAAACGAAUAUGCAUUCGUGAUAUGGUGAUCGUUGAAGACUACCCAUCUGUAGGCCGUCAAGAAUGCCACGCUGCAGGCCUUGUCCCUUUCUGCAGGGAGAAUCCGCAAUUACGGAUUAACCACCGUGUCAGUAUGCUGAGUGUUAUUUUUUCUCGGGCACUACUCAUUCGUGCCGGCUCUUUCGGAAGUCUGGCAAACUACGCGGAGCAUGAAAUUGGAGCAGAAGCCUUUGACCAGGCAAACCAGGUAUCAUUUUAUGAGAUAGCAGAAUGGCUAGCAGAGAUUGUUUCUCUCCCUAAGGCCGGAAUGCCCAAUGAGUCCUAUACCUUUACUCUGGAUGGUGAACCUAUGGCCUUCAUAUGCUCCCGUAUCUUCCAACAGAUUGUGCUUAGGAAAGAGGCCAUGCGACUUACCAUAGAGCGAAGACUCCCGUCGUUGGAUCCAGAAGAGCGCGACUAUAUGGGCUCCUAUUUGCACCGAGGGCAUGGAAACGCAUUUGCGCAGCUCAUUGACAACAGCUCCUUCGUCAAAACCAACUUCGACCCUGGUCAGCUUUGGAACGCGGAGAAAAUGCUGGCUGAGUUUCGACGCAUUGGACCCUGGGAUUUCUUUAGAAACUAUAAAGGUCUUCGAAUGCUAUACGAACUUCCCCGCCCUCCAUCGGUUCAUAUUAUACCGAGGCUGGGAGCAGUGGCAAUGGAGAAUUAUGAAGUCCGGCCUUGCGCUCGGCGUCGAUUCGCUCAAGAAUGCCAUCACCGCCGCCUUCGCGACAGCAGAUAGCAUUAGCUUGCAUUCCGGGUAGAGCAAUCGGGUGCGGAGUCAGCGUGCGGACCUGGGCUACUCACCGCUAGCCAUACCGUGAAACACCGCAUGUAAAUGACUGUCGGAUUUCUAAUGCAGUCGAGGAAGGUAGGCUAGAUGCAUCGGACGUCAUUUCGAUGUGCUCGGCAACAAGGUGGGCAAUUUAGAAAACAGUAUGUACUUUAGUACUUCCAAUAGAUAUUGCUAGUAAGGUGUAAUCCGAUGCUUUUUAUCCAGUCAACCCCAGUACCAGAUAUGAGUGGACUUUGAGAUUGAAGCCUAAGCGAGGAUCCAAUCCGCCGGCGGGUUACCCGGGAGUACUCAAGGCGCCGGAUACAGAACUUACAAGGUACUGGAGAUGGGACCCAAAACUCAUCAUCGUCCUCCACAGAUAGUGUAAUACGAGUUCCGUUAUCAUCCAUCGACAUAAAAGCUUAAAAGGCUUUAUGGAAAAUGAGAAUAGCAUAACUAGCGACAAGGAUGACAGAA